UUGACCAAAUGUUUUGUUUUACCAGAAAAAUGAAGUUAAUGACAUUUAAACAAUUAAUUAAUUAGGAGGCGUUUAGGUGACACUUUGUUUGGUUAAUUAGUUGAUUCAGUUAUUGUAUUAGAGGUUCAAGUAAACUGUUGCCUUAAUUUAAUCAACGAAAAUCUUUGAAAAAUGUUGACUGUGUUAAUUUUAAAUCUCUUUCUCCUUGGUAAAUCUCAAUCAAUGGAUAACCGAUCAAUUUAUGCUAAUUUGAGAGAGAAACUUUUGCUAACUGGUUAUGAUCCAAAUGUAAAACCAGUUAAGAAUUUUGAUCGACCGAUUAAUGUCUCAAUGUUAAUUACCUUUGAACGAUUAAUGGAAGUGGAUACAAAAAGUUCAGCAAUUACAUUUGAAUCUUACAUGAUCUUGAAAUGGACAGAUGAAUAUCUUACUUGGAACCCAAAGGAUUAUCAAGGAAUUGACCACCUUGACCUUCCACCCAAGUUCAUCUGGAGACCGGACAUUAUCGCUUCCACUUACCAAACAAAGUUUUACGAAGAGGAUAAUCUUAAUCUGGAAGUUAAAUCCGAUGGUCAAGUUUUAUGGAUCAGAAUUUUAAUUGUCUCCUUUAAAUGUAGAAUGGAUUUAACUGAUUAUCCAUUCGAUAAGCAGCAAUGCAAAUUCCCAAUUUAUGUGCGAUAUUUGUCAACAAAUUCUGUCAACCUAAUGCCUUAUGGAGGAAUCAAAUUACCAGCACUGAAUUUGGCUCAUUCAAACAACCCCGAAUGGUCAGUGAGCCUCGAAUCCUUUCAGAAUGUAACCAAACGAAAUGAUACCAAUUCGAUCAUUAUACUCAAAAUGGAACUGACCCGAAGGUCAAAGGCCUAUCAUUACGUUAUGGUCUUACCUUAUAUCGCGAGCAAUUUAUUAAUUUUCUAUGCCUUCUUCCUACCGCAAUCAUCUCGACGUCGAAUCAUGAUUGGAGCGUUUUCCUUGUUUGUUGAUCUGUCGUUGAUUAUGAUGAUCGGUUAUGAGCUUGGAUUCGAUAGCAAUCAUAAUACUCCUUAUGCAGUGAAAUGUCUGAGCAUUAAUAUCAUGAUGAUCGGUGUAUUCAUUAUGAUCAGUGUUCUCGGAUCUCGUUAUAUUGCAAAGUCAACUUCAACAGCGCCUAUUUGGAUCCAUGGUUUGGUUAAGAAUCAAAUUAUCGAGAAAAUUUUGAUCAUUCAAAUUUCAGCGAAAGAAUUGGAUGAUAUCGACUCCGAAAUGGCCAAACUCGAAGCUCCAUCAGCAGCAAAUGCUACAAAUCAACAAUCAGCAAGUGAUUGGGUUCUAUUAACAGCAAUUUUAGAUCGAUUUUAUCUAAUCGUUUAUAUAAUAGCUUUUAUUUUCUAUCAUUCAUGAUGAGAGAAAAUCUAUUUAAUUAAUGAACAUUUGAUAGUUACAAUUUUCUUGCUGAUAAUUACUCCGAGAUAAUGAAUGCGGAUAAAGUAAAUCGUUAUUUUAACUCAACUCGAUCACAAAACUGUUGCCAUUAAUUAAUCAACAUCAAUGUUGACGAUUAUCAACUGUUAACUUACCUUAAAUUAGUAAAUUAAAUUGUUCAACUCGUAAGUAUUAACCAUAAGAAAUUGGAAGCUCUUUGUAUGGUCUUAAUUAUUUUAAGAAGAAUAAAAGUUUUUCUGGAAAAUGAACUGAAACAAAUAAAGAAAAUAUCCCCAUGGAUCAGCUGAUAGAACGAGAAAAAAAAUCGAACCUAAAAAUAGACAUGAUGUUUACCUGGAAUCAUCGAUCAACAGAUCCCAGAAUUAUUUUAUCAUGAGUGUCUAAUUAAUUUCUCUGGAGAUCAAGCUUAUUAUCAAUCCUUUAAUUAUUGUGAUUUGGAAUACAAUCACAAUCAACUCAACCUGAAGCGAUAAUUUUAUUUAUUGCUUAUCAAUUAUUUACUUCUAUUAUCAUGUUAUCCCUUGAACUGAAAAUACGAUCAAUCGAUAAACAAGAAUCAACAAUGAAAAAUAGCGAAAGUUCAAAUCGCGAUGCUUUGUGAGCUUUAAUCAAAAUAACUAAAUAAUUAGCAUAAUUAUCUCUGAUUAAUUUAUAGUUGAAAGUUUUAAUCAUCUUCCAAAUGAUGAUUGAUUAAUCUACAAUAAUUAAAUCUAGUUCGAUUAUAAGGAUCAACGGUUCAUCCUCGCAAUGAAUCAAAAUCUUCAACAUUCUAAUUGUCCGUCAAUCGAUUGACCUUGACAUUAUCAAGAAAUUAAAUUAAGUUAAUGAUAAUCGGAUUUGUGGCCUGUGCGCAAGUGAAACUGAAUUAAAUUUGAUCGAUGGACAAUCAGUUAAAGUAAUUGAUCUGAAUAGUGAAGGAGGAACAGAUGAAGUUCAAUGAUGAACAUGAAUCAGACAGAGACCAUGGAAUCUGAAAAAGAGACUCAGAACGGAAGAGACAAGAAGAUGAAAGAAAAUGAUAAAGAUGAGGAUGAUAAAGAUGAUAGAGAUGAUAGAGAUGAAGAUGCUCAGACAGAUUCGAUCGUUAGAUCAAAAUAUAAUAAGAUCACUUCGAAACCUCAGAGGAAAAGAUGAUCAAUUCAAUAGAAUUAAAAAUUGAGUUU